UUGCAACAGUUUCAAUUUUAGCGAAUACAGCAUUUAUGCACAGCAGACAAAAGACUGAUACGAGAAAAUAGAAGUAAUACAGACCUGAUGUCAUCCAUGUCGUAUGAAAUAAACCAGUUAUUACCCUAUACAUAUUAUGAUGUGUGGAUAAAUGCGAUAAAUGCAGCUGGUGAUGGAAACAGGAGUGAAACACCAAUUGAAACCGAUUCAGAAGUUCCACAAAAGCCUUUUGAUGUAAUUGCUUCAGUCGCAAGUUCAAGUGAAAUAACAGUAACAUGGAAGCAACCAAAACCAAGACCAGGGGUUACAACUUAUUACGUGAAGGUUUUUGAAGUGAUUCAAAAUGCGAAACCGGUAUUUCUGAAAAUAGCAAACGUAACUGGUUUCGGUACACAGACCCUACAUUUCACAGGCCUGGAGGCAUAUUUGAACUACACAUGUUCUGUAGUUGCAGCUACAGACAAAGGCAGCAGUGAACAGUCUGACAUGUCCGUUGCAGUUACAACAAAGCAAGAUACACAAUCACUAGUGUCACCCAAAGGAUACACAAUACAGACGGUAGUAGGAGCUGCAGUUGGUUGUGUUAUAUUCGGUGGUCUUGUUGUUGGCCUUCUAUUCUAUACAAUCCGGAGAAAAAAUUUCAAUUCAAAACAAUCAAGAGCAAAACAAACACCAGAAGAGUUACAAAUUGGAGGCCAGUAUGAAGAAAUUGGAAUGGACAAUGCAUCUUUUUACCAGGAACUUAGAUCAAAAGAUAAUUCAAAUACAUAUGAACAGAUUGAUACAAUGCAUACAGUAGAUAAACAAUAUGAGAAUAUAACGUUUAAGUGA